UUGAAUUUGAAUUUUUUAUUUUUUGGAAAAACAAAAUUUAUUAUAAUUAUGGAUAUUGAUAAUGAAGAUGGUAAUCAAUUACAAUCAUCAUCAACAACAAUAUCAAUAAAUGGAACAAAUCGUCAUCAAUUUAGUAUAAAUGAAUUAUUAUCAAUGAUUGAUAUGAUAAAAAAAUGUGAAUUAAUAUGGAAUAAAAAUCAUCCAGAAUAUUCUCAUGGUUUAUCACGUGCUGUUGCAUUCGAACAGAUUGCACAACAAUUAUCAAUACCGGUUGAAGAUAUUCGUUGGAAAUGGCAAAUAUUACGUAAAGAAUAUUUUAAAAAAAUUUCACAAAGUCAUAAAGUAACAAUUAGUGGUCAAAAACCACGACCAUGGAAAUGGGCUGCACAGUUAUCAUUUUUGAAUACAGUCAUUGCACAAAAUAAUCAACUACAAUAUAACAGAUUGAAUCAUCAACAACAGCAACAAUUAUCUUUGAUAUCGAAACAACAACAACCGCAUCAUCAUAUGACAAGAUUAAAUCAAUUCAAAUCAAAUGCCAAUCAUAAUGGUAAUGGAUCAAUGUCAUUAUUAGCAUCAACACCUAAAUCAAUAACUAAUGGUAAAUUUAAUUAUCGUCAACAAAAUCAGCCAUCAAAAUCUAAUAAUAAUAAUAAUCAAAUUAAUCAACCGAUAUUAAAUUCGGAAGAAGAUUCAUCCAACGAACAAACAGACAAUUCAAUUGAAUUACAAUUGAAUACAAAUCAAUUUGAUAAUUGUAUUGCUAUUGAAUUAGAAGAUGAUGAUCAAAAUCAGCUACCUGAUAAUGAUAAUGAUGAUGAUGAUGAUAAUGAUGAUGAUGAAGAGAAUGAAUGCGAAAUAAAUGGUAAUAACGAUGCUGUUGAUGAUGAAGAUUUACCGAAAUUUUUCUGUGAAACUAUUUAUUCACCAGAACAUGAUGAAAAUGAAAAUGAAUCCAAUGAUGAAGAAUUAGAAUCAAAAUUUUCAUUAGUAACAACUAAUCAACAACCAACAUCAACAGUCAAAUCGAAUAUCAAAAGUCAAAUUAUUUAUGUCAAUAAUAAUAAUGAUAAAAAUAACAAACCACCAUCAUCCUCAUCAAUAACUAUUGAUAAUCGAAAACGUAAUCGUUCCGCUGUGAAUGAUACAGACAAUGAAAAUUCUGCAAAAAUUCCAAAAUUUAAUGGCGAUCAAUUAAUUUCCAGUGAACGAAUAGAUCUAUCAUCAAUAAUAUCAUUAUUAAAAACACAAAACGAAAUAUUAAUCAUAAGAAAUCGUCGUGAAGAAACAUUAUGGCGACAAUUAGCUGAUAAAGAUAAUCAAUUAAAUAAUCUAAAUCGUCAACUUCAAAAUGAACAACAAAAACAACAAGAAGAUACAUUUCGUACAUAUUUAUUAGCAAAAUUAUCAUUAUUACAGGAUAUACCAAGAACAUCAUCAAAAUGGACAAAAGAAUUUCAGACCAUAAUGGAUCAGGCAUUUGAUAAUGUUUAUAAAAAAUUUCAAUCACAACAACAUUAUAAUGAACAAAAAUCAAAAUUAUAAAUUUUUUUUUAUAAAUAAAUUCAUUUAAAAAUUA